CAACGCCGCACAGGAACCAGCCGACCACUACGGAACGGAACGAGGGAUCGACAGCCACAGGUCCUGCGACGCCCUGCUCACCAUCCACUUUCUCACAACUUACCAUCUUCUCCUCAUCCCGCCAUUUCCAACGUUCUACAUCAAAACUCCUCAUCCUCUUUCGAUAAUCCCUCGACCAAUUUCCAUCCAGUCCCAAUCGGCAUCCAAAAAAAGGUCAAAGCUCUCUUUGAGCUCACCUUGCCAGAAAUGCCUCCGAGCAGCGCUAUUCCGGGCCCGCUUCCGCCGUCGGUGGAGCAAGCAUACCGACGCAAAUGUGCAGAUCUCAAACGGCGCAUGAACGAAGUCGAAGACUCCAACGAUGCUUUCCGACUGCGAAAGAUCCGACUCAACCGUGGCGUGACCAAGAUGCGCCUUGAGCGCGCAUUUCUCCUCGAGCAACUGGCGCGCCGAACCGACAAGGCUGCUAUCAUGGAUGGCGAAGAGACGAGCGGGAGUGAGGACGCACCACCAACUCCUAAGGACAAACCUCUCCGCAGCAAACGGUCUCACCGCGCUGCACAAGCACAUGCACCUCCGUCGCCGCCUCUUCCGGGAGCUACUGGUCGCGCCAGCUCUUCCGCUAUGACGCCUCCCCCAGCUGAGAAGAAGGAAAAGUCGUCUCGAAAAUCCACAUCCCGCGCCCGCGGCGCCGCCGACAAGGCGAGUAAGGAGGGAUCGUCUACCAAGAAGAGCAGAGCAGCAUCAAGAUCCAGAUACUCGAAGAAGACUCGCAGCCCUGCGCGUCCGCCUGCUGGGUUCCGCACAUUCCGAGCAUCAACACUCCCUUCACUCCGCGAAAAGCUUCCGGACGCAAGCGAGGCACAAUUGGAUGAGGGUAUCGAGGAGGCAUGGCGGGACCUUGCGCCUGAGGAGCGACAAUCGUUUGUCACAGAGGAGGAAGAGAACAACGCCGAAGAAUUAGCAGACCGGGAAGACGAAGAAGCGGAAGACGUCGAGAAUGGCGAAAAUCCAGAGGACGAAGAUGUCGACGUGGAUGAGAAGAAGGCAGCUGAUGGAACAAAGAAAGAGAAACACGUCAAAGAUGAGAACGCCAUGGAUGUGGAUGAAGAUGCUGGCUCUCCAGCGCCCGCAGCGGAUGAAGAUAAGGACGCCGACGAGAAGAAGCCAGAAGCCGGUGGUUUUACUGCCGUGAAUCGAUAGAGGCAGGCUUUUUGCAGCCUUUCGCCCAGGUCUGCCGACGUGUUUCGCUGUCUCGUGUUUUAGCAUUUCUUGCACAUUUGGCAAAUGCAACGGUGAACGUUUAAAACACCGUUGUCCAUGAUGGAUUUGAUUUGCCACGGAACAGGU